CCCUUCUGGAAAAUACUAAGAAUCACCGCCAUCGGCCACCUCGCCCUUCCCUAUAUGGACCGAGAGCCCAUCUCUCUUCCCCCCCUCUCUCUCUAGAGUUUCCCUUCUCAUCAUGGCUCAUCCCCAACACCAGUUUCAACAGCACUACCAACCUCAACAGCAACAACAACAACCUAAGAAUUUGAGGAAUUUAUAUGCAAUCGACAGCCAGAUUUCUCCGGCAGUGGCUUAUUUUAAUCCCUCUAAUUUGCAAGAUCAGUCUCAGCAUCCUCCCUAUGUCCCUCCUUUUCAUGUGGUGGGGUUUGCUCCGGGUCCUGGGAAUGAUGGCAGUGAUGGGGGACUUGAAUUGCAGUGGAAUUAUGGGCUAGAACCCAAGAGAAAGAGAUUGAAGGAGCAAGACUUUUUGGAGAAUAAUUCCCAGAUUUCCUCUGUUGAUUUCUUGCAAGCACGAUCAGUCUCAACUGGGUUAGGGUUGUCUCUUGACAAUACCCGUGUUUCAUCUUCUGGUGACUCGGCUUUGUUAUCGCUUAUUGGUGAUGAUAUUGAUAGUGAAUUGCAGCGACAGGAUGUGGAGGUUGAUAAAUUCCUCAAAAUUCAGGGUGAUCGACUGCGGCAAACCAUCCUAGAGAAGGUCCAAGCCGACCAACUUCAAACUAUCUCACUUGUGGAAGAGAAGGUUCUUCAAAAACUUCGUCAGAAAGAAGCAGAGGUGGAGAGCAUCAAUAAGAAGAACAUGGAACUUGAAGAGAAAAUGGAACAGUUGUCUAUGGAAGCAGGUGCAUGGCAGGAACGGGCCAGAUACAAUGAAAACAUGAUAAAUGCCAUCAAGUUCAACAUCCAGCAAGUCUAUGCUCAAAGUAGAGAUAGUAAAGAAGGUUGUGGUGACAGUGAGGUGGAUGAUACAGCUUCGUGCUGCAAUGGCCGUGCCAUUGAUUUUCACCUGCUUUCCAAUGACAAUAAUGACAUGAAGGAGCUGAUGACUUGUAAGGCUUGCAGAGUCAAUGAAGUUUGCAUGCUUUUGUUACCUUGUAAGCAUCUCUGCCUCUGUAAGGAUUGUGAAAGUAAGCUUAGUUUUUGUCCCCUGUGUCAUUCCUCCAAGUUUAUUGGCAUGGAAGUUUAUAUGUAAUGGGAUACAUAUGAAUCUCUAAUGCUAUCUAGUGUUAUGUGCAA